CUGGCUAAUGCCUAAUUGCUUCCCCCGUUUUGCCUGACUCUCAUUUUCUAACAAUUUAAUCCCCCUAUUUAUUAUCAUCAAUAUAUUUAUUAACAUUUAUUUUCCAGUCAAUUAAUUUUUAUAAUAAUAAAUCAUUAUAUUAUUAUUCCAAAUUCCAAUUCCAAUAGUAGAUCCUGUGUACCGCCAGAGAGUUCCGAGUGUUUUAAACCCAUAAAAUCUGAGAGACAAUCAGCCAUUUGGAGGAGGCCCCCACUCAAUCAGGGACUUUGAAACUGUGUCAUUUUGCUUAAAGGGGCAGAUUGGAAUUUGACAUAAGAAAGCUCCGGAUAGAUUUACAUCAGUGGCAAGAAGCUGAGGGUGGAGUUGGAAGUUACAAAAUUUAUCAUACCCAUUACCCACCAAAAAUGUUAGCUCCAGAUGAUAGGUAUUGUUGUGACCCAAUAUCUAGAGGGAUGCUCAUGUAAUAUGGCUUUAUAGAGUGGCAAUUGUUUGAAGGUUGGAAAAUGGCUUUUUAUUCAGAGGAAGAAAAAACAGAGGAUUACCUUUUCAAGAUUGUUUUAAUUGGUGAUUCAGCUGUUGGGAAGUCAAAUUUGCUUGCAAGGUUUGCUAGAGAUGAGUUCUACCCUAAUUCAAAGUCAACUAUAGGAGUAGAGUUCCAAACCCAAAAGAUGGAUAUCAAUGGAAAGGAAAUCAAGGCUCAGAUUUGGGACACAGCAGGUCAAGAGCGGUUCAGGGCUGUUACAUCUGCAUAUUAUAGAGGUGCAGUUGGAGCUCUUGUGGUGUAUGACAUCAGUAGACGCCAGACAUUUGAUAGCAUUGGCAGAUGGCUAAAUGAACUUCAAACUCACUCUGAUAUGAACGUAGUAACUAUACUUGUUGGCAACAAGUCUGAUCUUAAGGAUGCCAGGGAGGUUUCCACUUCUGAAGGAAAGGCCUUGGCAGAAGCAGAGGGCUUGUUUUUCAUGGAAACAUCUGCUCUUGAUUCCUCCAAUGUAGCUGCUGCUUUUCAGACAAUUGUGAAAGAGAUCUAUAACAUAUUAAGCCGGAAAGUUAUGAUAUCUCAAGAGCUCAAGAAACAGGAUCCUACCUGGAUGGGAAAUGGAAGAACUGUGGUUUUACAGGGUGAAGCAUCUGUAGAGCCUAAAAAAGGUUGGUGUUGCUCAUUUUAGACCUACACUAGUUAGAUUUGCUCUUUUAUUGGUUUUCCAUUCCAGUCAGGUAUCCCACAUUUCUAAUUCUCCAUGUGACCAAAUUUCUUGAGAUGUUAAAUGAGUAAAAUUCAUCUUCACUUGUUCUUGAUUGAGAACAGUUGAAGAGAAAUUAGAGUAGACAUGUAAAUGACCUGAAGGGGGAUUAAGAAAAUCAUAUUAUACGAUGUUCAAAUUCUACUACUGUGUUGUGCUUUAUUUCGCAUUAGGUGGUCCUCAAAACUGAGUUUGAUUCUUUUUUUCCUUUUUAUUUUUUACCCUCUAUCACAUUAUAAUUGUCUUUCUAAUUGCCAAUAAACACAAAUGGUGUUUCAUCCCCUGUUAAGAUUAAGGUGAAGGAUGAGAUGGUGAGAAUCAUAUUUUGUAUGUAGCCAUGUAGGUAAUUUAUGUUGUGUCGUGACACACAAAUAAUAUAGACAGUAUGGA